GAGUCUGUCGUGUAUCAACGGCGACGUUCCUGGAUCGCGGCGUCAGUACGCGGCCGCGCAUUCUAUGCGGGAACACCUGUUCGCUCUUUCGACUUGGUUCGUCGGUCUCUCGAUCCCAACCCCGUGUUUCUGGAUCAUCCUAUCGGUCGCUCCGCGCGCAAACGGAUACGAGGGAAACCGAGCCGUUUUUCUCCAACAUUGUGCGUCGACUUGCAAACAAGGGAGUCAUUAAUAAAUUAACGGAUCUUUAUUUCGAGUUUACUCUCGACAGACGAUCGGAGUGCCGGCGGGCAAGCGGACAGCGCAUCCAGGGAGAUCAGCAACGAUCGGGGGAACCGUUCGAUCCUGUCCGUUCGGAAAGCGAAAAAUAAUUGGAAAAAACCGUUGGCUGUGUUCCGUGUCGCGCGACACGGAGAACGCUGAUACCGGAGGCAAAGAGACGGAAGGGAACGAGCGAAGCGGGCUCUCUGCGCGCGGCUACGGAGAAACAGAGACACAGAGACACAGAGAAAGAGGGGCGACCGAGCCAUCGCGAGAGAAGAGCAGAGGAGAGCAGAGGAGAGCAGAGAGAGAAAGAGGAACGAAGAGGUUUAUUCGCGAGACAGGAACGUCCUCGUGACUGCAACCACGUGUCUCUCGUGGUCCUCGUUUAAACGCGCCAUGUCACCCCGUAAUGGCUCGUGCGUGGCGGAAGUGAGCUCGGUGAGGAGUCUGUCGUCCGACGACGUCUCGGCGACGAAGAACAACCGGAAAAGAUCUUGUUGGGCACGUGCAACCGACCCCGCACACCGGCGGGGCCGCCGUAUUCAGUUGUUGCAAAUGCUGGUGCUACCGUUCAUCCCCAUCCUGGCGCUGAUCGUUCAGACUGCUAACACGCUGCACGAUAUCCUGAUUUAUCGGCAGGAGGUCUCCGACAUCGAGACCCAGGUGACGAUAGCCACGGACUUGGGGAAAGUGGUGACGCGGAUGCAGCUCGAAAGAUCCGAGGUUGCGUUCUUCAUUUACACCAACGGCAGCACCCUCAGGUCAAACCUGACGCAGAGGUUCGCCAUAACCGAUCAGGCACUCCACAACAUGACUACGUGGCCCCUGGUCUCGGUGCCGAGGGACGAGAGCAAGACGCAAACCUAUGACGUGGUCAGCAAAGAGGCCUUCCAAGCACGCCUCGAGGAUUUCAGGCAGAAGAUCAGCUCCGAGGAGAGCAGCAUCACCGAGGUGAUGGCGUGGUACACGAGCGUGAACGCGGCGAUGCUGGACCACCUGACCAACCAAAUCAAGGAAACGGACAACAGCGGUGUUUGGAGGUAUUUGAUAGCUUUCAAAAAUUUGCUGAGGAGCAUCGAGAGCCUGGGCAUCGCUUCCGUCUACGGAAUCAAUUACUUCGGACGCGGAAUCCUAUCGGCGGACAAUUACGUCAGCUACGUACGCCACGAAGCUCUCGGACGUGAUCUCCUCACCGGCUCCCUCACAUACGUGCCGUCCCUGAAGCGCUUUUACGCGGACCUCACCCGCUCCAUGACAGACUACAGCAGAAUUAAAUCCAGGAGAGACGAGAUCCUGAAGCACCAGAAAAGGGAGCCGAGCGUGGACGACGCGAUCGCUUAUUUCGAUUCAAUGGCGACUUACGUGGACGAACUGCGGAAGCUACAACGGGAACUACGUCACAUGAUAAGGACUUACGUGAACUCCACCCUGCAAGACGCGAGCAACAAGGAAGUCGCCGGAAUCGCUAUAGUCGUUCUAGUGUUGGUCGUCUCCCCCAUCAUCAUCAUCCUCGUGCGUAACGCGGUAGCUACUAUACAGAUGUACGCAGCGAAUUUGGCGCAGAAAGCGCGGGAGUUGAAGCAGGAGAAAGGGAAGAGCGACACCUUGCUCUUCCAAAUGUUACCACCUAGCGUGGCCCAACAGUUGAAGCAAACGCAACAGGUUCCAGCCGAAUACUACGAGGCAGUGACCGUCUACUUCAGCGACAUCGUCGGUUUCACGGAGAUCGCCGCCGAGAAUACACCCCUCGAAGUCGUCACGUUCCUGAACUCGAUUUACAAACUUUUCGAUGCUCGCAUCGAAUGCUACGACGUGUACAAGGUCGAAACCAUCGGCGACUCGUACAUGGUGGCUUCCGGCUUGCCAGUUAGGAACGGGGACAAACACGUUUCCGAGAUAGCGACGAUGGCGUUGGAUCUGCUGGCGGCAUCCUCGGUGUUCCAAGUGCCGAAGAGGCCGGGGGAACGACUUCAAAUACGAAGUGGCGCGCACACGGGCCCCGUCGUCGCCGGGAUCGUUGGCAGUAAAAUGCCUCGGUACUGUCUUUUCGGGGAUACCGUGAACACGGCCAGUCGCAUGGAAUCCACCGGAGAAGCGCUACGAAUACACAUUAGCCUGGAGAUGAAAAAGGCAUUGGACGCUGUAGGGGGAUUCAAGAUAGAGCGCCGCGGUUUGGUGGACGUGAAGGGUAAAGGCUUGAUGGACACUUACUGGCUGGAAUGCAAGGACGGUGGAAUAGCUCGCGCCGCGGAAUUGGAUCUGCCCUCGUUCUUCGAGGACGUUCGACCGAUUUUCAUCCGUCGUCUGAGAGAAGAAGGUCGCAAGAACCGACUCUCGCAUCCGAAUUUGAACAUCACCCAGGUGAAACUACCGCCCCAAUCGCAGUCCAGUAUCGAGUCUCAAGACUCGGCGACCUACGAAGGGACCUACUCGACCACGCCGUGCCCUCCGAGCUACUCGCCCGCCAGCCAACGCAGUCGUUACUCUCAGCCGAAUCUGCCAACCCUGCUGAUAUCCCAUGACCGGAGAUCCGGAGGUGGCUCGCCGGAUCGUCGCAUCAGGAUGUCCCAGCCAACCCUGAACUCCAGCUUCAGCGGCAUCAAUUUCGUCGGGAUGAAUCGAGGCACCAGGCUCUCUUACACCAGCCUCCGGGCAGCGUCCGGCGACAACAGCAUCAACGAAGGCGAGAGAUUGUCGGCGCGCAGCGUCCAAGGGUUCGGCGGCAGCUCGAGGGGUAGUUUAACGAUGGAUCAAGGCUCCUCGAGGCUGUCGCAGCCGGACGUGAGACGGUUCGCGUUGCGCCACGACACCGGGACAGGGAAGCGGGAACGACUCUCUCAACCGACUCUAGUCACCGGCGAUUACCAUCCGGGCCGCGGCCAACAAAGACUGUCCCAUCCGUGCCUGAGCUCCGGCAAAGAGAUGACUCUGCCCACGAUGGUGUUCCAUUCUCCGUCCCCGCCGCCGAUCAAGCACAAGAGAUUCUCCCCGGCGAUACACGCCAGCCAGAGGGACCGUCUGUCGCAACUCGACUUUGGCGCCAAGUACAGGUGCGUGAAGGAGUCGGCUGCGACGAAAUUCAACCGCGAUCGGUUCUCGAUCCCGGAACUAGAGACGCAGAACGAUCUCAGGCUGAUAGCCGGUACCCCGAAGCAACGGUUCAGUUUGGACAGUCAACUGACGCGCAACCAGGACGUGACCAGAUCGAAGCUACUGCCAAUCGCCAGUUCGCCGAUCAGCGAGCACCAGCAAACGAAGAUCGAGGAACACGCGGGGUUAACGGGUGGCGGCGUAACGGCGAGCAUAACGGCGAGCAUAACGGCGACCAGGCUGAAGAGCCCCACGAGGGAAGGUCUGGAGAGCGUGCUCGUGGCGAGCACCACGCCGAUAUUGCCGGCGUCGGAAAGGCAGCUUUUGUCGGCCGAGCUUCAGCUGAGCAGGAAGAGCAACCUGUUCGCGUCGAUCACCGCCUCGCAAAAGAGCAACAAGUUCCCGUCGGUCUCGCCGGUGCACACCAGAGAGAGAAUGUCGGUACCCGAGAUAAGGAACUCGAGCCUGCGACGUUUGCUGGACCCGCCGACCAGGCAGCGGCACAGCAUCACCGGCAACCUCAGGCAGAGCAUCAUCUCCCCGAUCAAACCCCUCGAUUUCGGCAGGAAAUCGCCGAAGCACUUGUUCGAGGAAGCCUUGGAGAGGUUCAAGAGGGACGAGAAGGAGGAGAACCGGAAGAACGAGAUGUCCAACUCGGAGACGGUCGUGGACAUCGUCGACGAGCCGAGACACAUUCAGAAACAUUAUUCGUACACGUACGAAACCUCGGACGAGUGCUCGACACUGCUCGGCAAGAUCAGCAUGUCCGCGUUACCAAAGAAGAAAUACUUGGAGAGCAAUUUCGACGAGAACGAGCAGGUGAUCACGACCGUUAUCGAAACGGACGUGCCUAUGAUCACGGCCAGCCCGAAGUACACCAAGAGAACCUCGUACUCGAGCGACACGCCGAAAUGGAUCAAGAAAUACCUGGAGAACGAGAGCCCGAAGGGUGGACGAAAGGCGACCGUUAACAAGGAAAAGGCGACAAACAGAAAGAGCAGUCGACGGAAAAGCUCGCUGGAGUCGAUGCUCGACGAGAAAACCGCGGUGAAAACGCGUUCGAAGUCGUGCAGCGGCGACGGAAGCCCGAUGGCGAAGAACACCAUCGUGCAAGCCGAUCCGAAGAACAUGAAGAACACGUACGUCAGGAUCGUACCCUCGGAGAACGCGGUACGAGAGAACAGGUACGAGGUCAAGCUGGAGAACAACAAUUGGAACGACGGAGAUAUUCGCGGAUUGUACGGAGAAGAAUGCGACGAUACCGAUUCCGACGAUUCCACGUCCAUUUAGAUCGCAACAGAUCGACCAGUAAUAGAGUCCAAGCUGGUUGGAAACCGACAACCUGUAAAAACAAAUGGAAUCCGAUUUUAGAAGCAAACUGAACCAACUCACGAGAGCCACGAAUUGGUGCAACGACGAUGGAUUUACCAAAACGAGAAAAUUAUCGCAUUCUGUGUACUUAAACAGCCGCUCGGGCGUCAGGAGUUUUUGAAAAAUUGAUAUUUCCAUUCUAAAGAUUAGCGACCGAACGCAGACCACGCAUGAUAGAACAGAGUUCGAUUAGCCUAAAGCGCCACACCUCGACAGCGAUAGAACAAAGGUCGACGAGUCCAAAUCGAAUUAUUUUCUCAUAUUGUUGUGCGUACAGUUUAAUCAAUGUAGAAAAAAGGACUAGUUGGACCGAUGACACACACACACACACAUAUAUAUGUGAAUCUUCUCGAUCUCGGUGCACCAUGUUCAUUCGAGUCGAGCUAAGAAGCGUUGUUUUUAUGGAAAUAAAGAUAAGAUAUAUCGUGUAAAUACUCGAAGUAUAUUCGGUUGUGCUCACACCGCCAAGUAUUCACUGUGCGCGUAGUCGACGAGUUUAAAAAGAGUUCCGAUGCGAAAACUCCAACUUUGCUUUCGUUAAGAGUUUCAAACGAUUCGUACUGGUAUCGCGACGUGCAAGAGAAAAGAAACGCGAUACCACCAAUCGAUAGACCAAAACGAUAUACCAAUUUCAAUUUGCCACGGUAUUGCCAGUAUAUGUGUUGACAAAUUUCUAUUUUGUUUUUGAUACUAGUCAUCGACGAUAUUCGCGAAUAAAUGCGCAGGUGCCGUCUGAAAAUCCUCUUAACGAUAACUGCACUAAAACCAGCACAGUAUAAAUUCAAUAUCAAAAGGUAAUUGUAAGCAUCUGUGGAAACAACGUCUUAUACGCAAGAAACUUUGUGUUCCCUAUGAAGUUAUACUCUGAAAGACUUGCUUCUCGCGUGAUUAUUAAUUACCGUAUAAUGAUAUAAUAUACUUGAACGUUAUGAUAUUACAACACUAUGACAUAUAGAGUCGUCGCGAUGUUGUAAUAUCGUGGACACGGUAUGAGUGUACUAUUGUGGUCAUGAGUGUGGAACUUAGUUACUGUUUAGCAUUAGCGUUAAACAAUAUUAGUCCCUUUGUGUAUGUCAUUUAAUAUACGAUAAAAGAAAGUUAUAUAUUAAAAUGUAAUCGACUCGAAAAAUAUAUAAAGUGUAUUUAAUUUUUAAGAAGCAAGAGUUGUUUGUACACAGCUUGUCUCUUAUCAUUAACUUAUCAUUUUAAAAAACGACAUUAUAUCCGCGUCACUGUUUCCUUCCUAGUAGAAGAAAACAGCGAAGAAAGCAACGAUGCUAAAAAGUAUUUUUAUCGUACGUAACUGUUCGAAAAGUGCGUAUAUUUGAUUAUGUUAUGAUUACUGAUUUGAUUUUAUUCGCAAAGUUUUCUUAUCCACAAAACUUAUAUUUAUCCAAUUCGAUCUAGCCGUGUAACAAUUACGUCGCUAUCAUAAUUUGUACCCGAUGGAAAGAUCUGGUUCGUUUUGAUGGUUACGAAACAAUUGUAUUGAACGUAAUACAACAUCAAGUAGCAACUUUGUUGCGCAGACGAUGCUCUUUUAGACACGGCAUGGAACAGAAACGAUUGGAAUUAUACUCGAAAGGCACCUGACCAGCCAUGUUCACUGCACACUGGAAACACCGUGAAACCAUUGUACAGCCCUGCUUUAAAAUCCGUUGCUCGGCAGAUAACGCUCUCUGUAAUAUACAAAAGUAUAGCGAAUUUAUACCAACAGAAAUCGAGUUGAUUCCUUCGCUCUUCCAAGUACAUACUUUUUCUCUAUCGCUCAGACUAAGAAAUCUUUGUUUCGUAUCUUCCUCUUGCUUCUUCAGCUCGAAUUCUUUCCUUUUUAUUUUUUCUUUCUCUCGUUUCACCUUUCUCUGUUGUCUUUUCUUUUCUAAUUCUUCUUGUUCUAUUUCAUCGGUAAGCGGUCCAGGUAUCUGAGACUAUGAACCAAAUAAAUAUAUAUAUAUAUAUAUAUUAUUUUUAAAGCGGCGACUAGCUUUUUAUCAAACAACUGUGGCAGGUGACGGACAAGUACCUUACUAUAAUUAAAUUUAUCGGGGUUCGCACCCAUGAACCUCCUAAAAGCAUUUCUGGUUUCUUUAUCGUUCGCAGCUGCAUACGGUGUUUGCAGUUUUUUAUUUUUAUUACACGGAUCCGAUCCAA